UUUGUAUAAAAACUUUAAAAUCCUCCCAUUUCCACUCAUCUUUCUUCCUCACCCAAACAACAAAUCCCCCGCUCCUCCUGCAAACAAAAUGCCACCGUUUCGGUCCCUCCAAUUUUAACAACUGCCUUUUCUCUCUCUUCCACUACGCCUCCAAAUCUUAACGUGCGCACCCCCGGCGCACGAUAUGGAAGCUACCUCGUUUGUCUCCAAAGCGAGAACCGCUUUCCACUCCGCAGCUGCCAAAGCCGAGCGAGUUUUCACUGAUUUGAAAUCCGAUCUAGAUUCUGAUAAAUCAUUGCCGAAGGAAUUCAAAAACGAAUCUCCGACGAACGAACGCGAGUCUAAGAGUUUUCAUGAGGUAAAGCAUUCUAGGUGGAGAACUGCAAAUUUGGGGACAAAGCAAGAAUGGCAGGAAAGGUUUAAGAAUAUACGAAUAGGAAGAAAAGGAGUCGAAGAUUCUGAGAAAUUUGAAAAUUCAACAAUGGCUGUUCCAUUCUAUGAUGAAAACAUAUACUUGCUCAACAUGAAGAACGAUGCAGAAGCUAAGUUUUUAGAAGCAAUUCCCUCUGUAGAUGUUUUAAAUACCAUCAACGCGAAUAACAUUCCUCCAACAUCUGUCAUCAAGCAAUUGGCUAUAGCUGUUGAGGCUGGAAAGAAUUUUAAGUCAUUGAAAGAUCUGUUGCCAUCUUCUGGAAAUUCUUCACCCAUUAGGGAAAGGACAGGCUUGAGCUUCUCUGUAGUGAAGUCGUUGGUUCUUCGUGACAAAGAGGAUAAACUUGCAUCUGGCUUUGGUGAUGAUGAGAGAGUCAUCGCUUUGAUUCAUUCACUGUUUGAUGCAGAUGGAAACUUCCUUCAAAGGAAGAUUGUCUCUGAUUCAAAGACAUGUACAACAAUGAUAUCUUUGCCAAAAGACAUUCAUGGUGCUCCUCCACAUAGCUUCCUUGUUAAGCUUUCUGAAGUCAUUGGAAGCUUUAGAACCCUUCGCAAAAUGGCACUAUUUUGGUCCAGGGUUGUUAUCGAACUGAGAAGAUUUUGGUCUGAAGGGAGAUAUCUGCCAGGCAUUCCUGUGGAUGAGAUUCCAGAUCUAAAUUCAUGUCUUUUAUAUCAGCAAUUACAGGUUAUUAACUGUUGUCUAUCAAGAAAAAGACGUCGUGCUAUUGCCACUGAAUCAUUUGAUUCUGAAAUGAGGGAAGCUAGUUCAAAUGUUGAAGAAUCAGAUGUUUCUAUAGGCACAAUGGCUGCAAGCUCUUCGUUGUAUGCCAGAAUUAACACUGGAGAACUUGUUCUUCGACUGGGAGCUAAUAAACUGACUGAAAAUUUAACAAUGUUGGAAACUGGUGAACCUAUAUACUCACCUAUUACCCAGGAAGGACCUUUGCUUACAGAAGAUCUUAUCAGAGAAACAGAGGAGUUAGUGCUUCGAACAGGGAGUGUUGGUGCUGGGUGUUCUCAACUCCUCUCUGACAUGCAGGCUUUCAAGGCUGCAAAUCCUGGCUGUAUUUUAGAAGAUUUUGUUAGAUGGCACUCUCCUCCUGAUUGGACUGAAACUGAGCCAAGUGAUGAGGUUAACUCUUUGAUUACAAGAGGUCAACUAAGUAGUCGAAUGCAAAAAGAAGGUAAUUUGUGGCGUGAACUGUGGAAGACGUCCAGACCAGUACCAGCCAUUAAACAAACACCUCUGUUUGAUGAGGAUUUGGCUGUGGAAGGAAUUCUGAAUUCCUUAGAGGACAUUCCCACUUCUGAGCUUUUUCAACAACUUUUUGUUUCUCUACUUGGUUUGGGAUUUGUAUUAGCCGAGGACAAGCUCUCUGCUAAUGAUAACUUGUCAAAGCUGUUUUAUGAGUGCAAAGAUUAUAUCCUUGCGACUUGCCAGAAAAGUGUCUGGAAUGAUAAAUUGGACGAUCUUUGCCAGGUGUAUGAAACAGUGGAAACGAUGUUAGUAUCUGCUGAAGAAGUCAUAAAGACAAUAAAGCAAGCAGAAGAGACACCGACAAUGGAAAAUGGAAGCCCUCCUGCUGGUGACCUAAAACGCCGGUUUAAGAAGCUUGGUCUCAACUUUGGUGGCAAGGACAAACAGCAGAGAAAACCUCCUCCAAAAGACCACAAGAAUUCAGAUGAGAAUCCCUCUCGUCCAUUUGCUAGCUUUUUUGAUAGCAAGUCAUCUUUAUUUUCGAAGAAGCCUCCUAAACCUGAUAAUCUGUCUCAGGUUGACAAACCUGUGUCCCUGGAUGAAAGUGAUUGGACAUUGAUUUGAUCAUACCUUGUUUUUUUUUUGUCCCCUAUUUUUCACUUGGGUUAAGCAGCAUAGUUUUGCAGGUAAUUGUAAAUUAUUGUGAAAUGAGCUGAUGCUUGUUAUCAGAAGUAAUUUGAAGAUUGAUUCAAAAA